CAGUUUAUUCAGCAACUUGGCGUGCAACUGCUUCCAAACCAACUCAACAAUCUACGACGACUAUAGCAUCAAAUCGACUCUAAACAAGGCCCUACAGCAGCCAUGAACCAGUUUCAGUCAUUUGCUCCACAGGCACCAUCUGUAGCCGAGUAUGCCUUUCCGAGUGUGCUCCAGUUCCUACAGUCGGAAUGGCGUCGGUUCGAGCGUGAUAGGAACGAGUGGGAUAUCGAAAAAGCAGGGAUGAAGGCCAGGAUAGCGUUCCUCGAAGGCGAGAAACGUGGCGUGGACAAUACAAAGAUGGACCUUAUGAAGCGUGUUAAAAUGCUGGAAUACGCACUUCGCCAGGAAAGGAGCAAGUAUGUCGAAGCCAACAAUGCCGCUGGUGCAGCUAAGCAGACCAAUCAUUCUGUUGAUAUCCAGCAAGCAAAGAGUGCUAGCAACGACAACAGCAAUACGGAUACCCUCAGUAACGGCAACAGCAACAGCAACAGUAAUAGCAAUGCCAAUAACAAUAACAAGGCACAGAAUAGAAUGUCAGCUUACAGUGCAUCAGGAGUGAGCAUGACUCAAGUGAGCCCCACCUCCGCUACUGGUUUGGAUCCUGUAGGGAGAGCCAAGAGCAGGGAGUUUUUGAGGAUAUGCCUGCAGGAGAUCAGCUACCUGACAGCGUCAGUGCCCCAAUCGAUUACAACUGCAAUGCCACCAGCUCAAAGCCGAGUUGGCCGCCAUGAAUUGGACAAGCGAGUACCUGGCCCUAAUGGCCUGCGAGGUGGAGGCGGUAGAAACCGACACAGCGACUUUUUCCCGGCAGGUGUUCAUUUGCAGGCGGCUGCUCCUCCGUUGUCAAGGUCCAACUCUGUCCCGAUCGAUACUCUCGAUUCACUGUCAAGGGCCAAGGUUAUUGCGAGUAGCCCGCUUCACGGCACAGAUACUACCGCCAUCAAUGGAUCCGUAGAAGAGCUAAAUGGAAACCAAGCUACGUUGAAACAGCAGCACUUUUCUCAACAGCCUUCAAAGCUGAUCAACGGCUUUGUCCCGGACGAGAUGAAGAAAACUGCAUCUGCUCAUACACCCAACAAAGAAAAGCAGGGAGCGCAGAAGACCGAGCGGAGCAAUGAUGACAGCAUGGACGAUGGAAAUAGGGAGGAACAGAGUCCAAGCGCUCUCGAGGCUUUCCAGAGAGAGGAGGCUGUCACUGUUGUUCACUCGCCAGUGUCCGGUGAUCAAUGGCGCGCAGAAUUGGAAAAGGCUGGUCGUCAACUGGCCGAAAAUGCCAACGAGAAAAAGGCAGGAGCUAAAGCGGAAGACGUGGCCCAAUUGAGUAAGGAUGUGCAGGAUAAGUUCAAUAUCACAUCUGAACAAUUAAACAAGAUGGUGAAAAGCUGGGACUUGGACAAAUCUAAACAGGACCCUGGACUUGCCAAAAACUCGAUCCGCAAGAGAACCAAGGAGGAGGAUGAAUUAGAGUCCCUGUGGAUUUCCGAGUCCGAAUCUAUGGAGACCAGCGGAGGGACAAAAACAAGCGAUGCCCUCGAGGAUGAGCCUGCUCGCUGGCGCCCCAAAUUGACGUUGCGUAGACACCUCGACACUGUGCGGUCGAUCGCUUUUCACCCUUCAGAUAAAGCCCUUUUGUCUGGCUCAGAAGACGGAACUAUGAAAUGUUGGAAUUUGGAGGCACCUCUCCAGGAUUCCAAGAGGCAACUGAAUGGUGAGAUCGAGCCCGUCCAUACGUACCGCGGACACACGAAGCCCGUCACUGCGGUCGCCAUAUCUGCGGACCAAAAUAAGUGCUUCUCUUCUAGCAUGGAUUCGACCGUGCGAUCAUGGAAAAUGGUACCAAUGAACAAGGAGACGUAUGCGCGCCUCGACCCCUCACUUUCAAUGUCGUCUUUUAUCGGGCACACUGAUACUGUUUGGGACAUCCGACUCUUCCCCAUUUCCAUUUCAUCUUCUCAGCUCCUGGCCUCGAUAUCCGCUGAUGGGGCACUAAAGAUUUGGGACACAGAGACCAAGGGCUCACCUCUUCGAUCUUCAUGGGGCUACAAUGGACUGGAACCUUCAGAACUCACAGAACCCACGGCGGCAUACACAUCUGGCUUGGCCAAAUUGCCGACACCCACCAGUCUCGACUUUUGUCCGACAGAUCUGAGGAAGAUGGUGGUCAGCUACUCGAACGCCGUCAUCAAACUGUUUGAUAUCGAGACUGGAAAAGAGAUAUUGGCCUUCAAGAGCAACGAAUCUUAUGAUGGUACGACCGCAACACAGAUCAAUAAGAUCGUUUGCCACCCAACCCUGCCCAUUGUGAUCUCAGGACACGAAGACCGCUAUAUCCGAUUCUUUGACAUCAACUCGGGAUCGUGCUCGUUCUCGAUGCUCGCCCAUCUGGAUGCUGUCUCCUCGCUCGACAUCGAUCCCUCAGGGCUUGUGCUCUGCUCUGGCGGACAUGAUGGGUCGGUGCGGCUCUGGGAUAUUGGUUCAUCAACGAGGUCCUGCCUGCAAGAGUUCACAGGACAUCGCCGUAAGAGCGGCGAGGGAGUUAUGUCAGUCAAAUACCACUCGACUUUGCCAGGCUUGUUGGCCACCGGUGGGGCCGAUUCGAUUGUCAAGGUCUAUACCCGGAGCUAGACUAAGCAUAUGUAACUCGCACCAAGGAGCCAUCAUGACCUGUGCGGGACGGAGUCGAUUCAUAUCGAUGACUAGCGAUAUCUUUCAGCUCUCCUAGGAUUUUUUUUUUAGCUCUUUUUCUUUGUCAAUCUAGUGUAAAAUAGCAUAUGCAUAAAACAUUUUUGCC